CCUCCGACGAGAAUUCAAGCUGCCACAUUGAAGUGGAACAAAAAGGCGACCUCGCAGCGUUUUUCUACACUCCCUCCACUUUCUCCGGGGUAGUCACGGGAUUUCAAUGUUCAGCCUGCUCUUUGCUUUCUGUGUUGACUUGAGCCAUACCUAUAUGGCGUGUGUGAGUGGAGAAUUCUGCCAGGCACAGCACCUCACCUCCGUGGAGAAGUGAAUCGGCCGCCCCCCAAGGGACUACGCUACCCAGAAACCCCCCUGAUUGACAGCAUACUAGGAACUGCUGACUCAUCUAAAGGCCCUCUGGGAUACUGCGUAGUCCUUGGCCCGACUGUCCUGCCUUGUCCCCACCAAUACGACAAAUCUUUGCUCGUCGCUUUCUUCUCGAACAGCCAAUCACAAACAGCUCUCCUGAAUGGGCCGUCUCGCCAACAUGAACCGCCCCGCUGCAGUCGAGAUUACCUACGAGUCCAUGAGGUUCCUCAUCACCCACAACCCCACCAAUGCCACCCUCACCAAGUUCACUGAGGACCUGAAAACGUGUGACGUGAACACACUGGUGAGAGUGUGCGAUGCCACUUAUGAUAAGACUCCAGUGGAGAAGGAGGGGAUUCAGGUCCUGGACUGGCCCUUCGAUGAUGGCGCCUCUCCUCCCACUCAGAUUGUGGACGACUGGCUCAAGCUGCUCAACACCAAGUUCCGAGAUGAACCUGGCUGCUGUGUCGCUGUGCACUGUGUAGCAGGACUUGGACGAGCUCCAGUCUUGGUGGCCUUAGCCCUCAUUGAGAAUGGGAUGAGUUAUGAGGAUGCUGUGCAGUUCAUAAGGCAGAAGAGACGUGGAGCCUUCAACUCCAAACAGCUUCUCUACCUCGAGAAAUACAGACCCAAGAUGCGUCUGAAGUUCAAGGAUACCAACAGCCACAACUGCUGUGUGCAGUAGGCGGCCUGUCGGUGCAGCUUUCGAAUGCACAUCUUGUGGGGAAUCUUCCAACAAGGGGAGAUUAAAAAAGAAAAGAAAAAAGAAGAAAAAAAAUGAAGAGUGCUAUGAGUAAUUAUUGUGAUGAUUUGUCAACACUGCGUCAUGGUUAAUUGAUCAGAGAGCUAGUGAGUGAUCGAAUGAAUGAAAUCCAGAUCUGGGGAUCCACCAGCCGAACCAAUGAAUGGAAGGUCAAAGCACACAGAUAGGCCUGCCUCCCGGUUAUACUGUUCAACCACGGGCCCCAAUUUUUUCAACUAGAGUCCAUCCUGUUUCUAUCUUUUUUUUCUUCUUCUUUUUUUCAGUCGUAAUCGUGGGAUAACAUUUUCCAUUUUGUGAAUUUUAUUUUUUACACAAAGUUGCUGAAAAUAUGUAAUGAUAAAUGAAUUUCAUUUCCACAGUAAUUAAUAUUAUGAUCAGGCCAGAAUAAUGUAACUUUAAAAACGAAAAGAAAAAAAUACCUUUUUAAUCUUUGAACAACUUGUGACUGUCCAUUUUGGUAUUUGGGUGUUUUUAUUUUUUGCACAAAAACUCAAAGGUUCACCUGAAAAUGCAGUAAUGUUUUUCUUUUACCCGUCACUUGCUUAAUGUCACUUUCAGUUUAGGGGUAUACUCAGUUUGAAUAUGUCUGAUAUAUUUAUUCACAAGAUAUGACGUGGCAGUUAUGUGUUUGACAGGGGCAAGGACACUUGUUAUCCAAUACCUUUUUUUUUUUUUUUUAUCCUUUGAGAGCCAUGUCAUUUUUUUUUUUUUUCCCCCUUUUUUAAUUUUUUAUCUCAGUGCAAUAAUCAGUUCACCUCAGAUAAGCCCAACAAACCUUGCUGAGCAUCCCACACACACACACAUACACUCUCACACACUUCAGACCGCCUCAUCCAGGCAGUUAAACGGGAAAAGAAACGCAACUACAACAGGUACUUCUCCGGCUUUCAUUCAUUCUCCUUAACAGGGCUACAAUAGGACUUCCCUAAGUAUACAUAUUUAAACUCGCACACACAGAGCCUAAGAUUCAACCUGAAAGAAGGUGGAGAAGAAUGAAAAUGGUCAGUUUUUUAUCAUUGUACCCAUUUUGAAAAAAAAAUAAAAAAUCCCCAAUUCGUAUUGGUUCUUUAAAGAUAAAUAAAUUGAAAUAAAAAGCA